UUCAACACUUCAAAAAAUCACCUUCAUAUACAUCUAAUAAAACCAAGAAUAUCCAAGAGUUCCAAGUAGGAAAAAUAGUGUAAUUGAUCAAGAAAAAUGGCAAGGAAGAGAAAGGUUGCUGAAGCAAUUGAAGAAGAAAACAUGGAAUCAUGGCAUGAAAUGAUCAAAGAAGGUGGAGCAUUAGGAGAAUCUACAAGAAGAUCAAGAAAGAGGUUUGUUGGUGUGAGACAAAGGCCAUCAGGAAGAUGGGUGGCUGAGAUCAAAGAUACCAUUCAGAAGAUCAGGGUUUGGUUAGGAACUUUUGAUACUGCUGAAGAAGCUGCAAGAGCCUAUGAUGAAGCAGCUUGGAUCCUCCGCGGAUCCAAUACUCGAACCAACUUCAAUCCUUGCUAUCCUCGUUCCUCUUCAAAUCCUGCUCUUUCCUCAAAGAUUGCAAAUCUCCUCCUUCAAAGGCUUAAAGCAAAGAAUAAUAUCAUCUCUUGUUCUAAUCUUAGUACUACUCACCAACAAGAUCAUCAAGCUGAUGUGUAUGGAGCAGAGUCGAAAGCUUUCUCGAUUGAUCAAUUCGCAGAUUUCCUUUAUGAUCCUGAAGCUUGUAGCGCAAGCAACAACAAAUUUAGUGAUAAUAUUGAACAAAUUGCUUGCAUCACUAGUAGUUUCGAAUCGUGUUUAACAGAGAAAGAUGCAAAAAGGGAUAAAGAAAUGGAUGCAACACAAACAUCAAGCAUUGACUCGAAUUCAAGAGUGAAAAAUGAGGAAGAAAUCGAAGAAGAAGAAGAAGGUUUGAUUGUUGAGGAUUUCAGGUUCUUGGAUGAGAAUUCUAUUGUUUCAUCAAGUUACUGUUAUUCUCCUUUUGAGAUUGUUGAAGAGAUGGAGGAGCCUGUGGAGGCAGAGAACUAUGAUGGUGAUGAUGAGCCUUCAAUGAUGAAAGCUAUAAUGAACAGAAUGAAGUAUGAGAGAAAGUUCUCAGCUUCUCUCUAUGCCUUCAAUGGGAUACAUGAUUAUGAGUGCUUGAAGUUGAAGCUUCAGUCAGGGAACAUAAAGAGUAGAACAGGAAUUUCAGAUCAAAUUAGCAAACUUAACAAGGCUUGCAGCAAGAACAAAAAUGAGGUUAAUAAGGAGGAAGAUGAAAAGGAAAAGGAGAAGGAAUCCAUUGAUGGAGAUUUGUUGUUUUGGAACUCCCUUAAUCUCCCUAAUAUUUUCUAACUUACAAUUAGUUUUAUUAAUUUCAGUAACUUUGGUGCAUGCUCAUAUGUAGUAAUCAAAAUGAGCAAAUAUU